AUGUCGACAGUAGCCAUCUACGAUGCGCCUCUCUAUGAUAUUAGGAUUCAGCAGCCUGGCUGUCCUACAGCGCUUACUGUUGCAACCGAUUACGCUGGCAAGUUUACGGAGAUUGGAAAAGCCAUCUCUUACGCCCAGGAGCAUGCGAUCCCCACAGUCACCGUGUUGGCUGGCACCUACCCAGCGGUUACCGUCUCCGCUACACCGGCAGUUGCUGUCAUCGGUCAAUCCAAAAGUCUAAAUGAGUACUCCCAGAACAAGGUGACAAUCGCAGAUGGCAAUUCCGCGCUGAUAAUAGCGGCAAGCAUCGAUGGGAUCGAAUUCAAGAAUAUCAACUUCGUCAACACCGGCUCAGGAAAAGCAGCGACUAUCGCCGGGACCAAGAAUGGUUUCUACGAUUGCCAGUUCAUCUCACGUAGUGGGACUGGAAUUUCAACCAAUCCGGGCGUUGCUGUAAUCGCGAAUAGCCUAAUACAAGCAUCAGACAUAGCUAUUGAUGGAACAGCAACUCUGUAUGUCUUCAACACAGCAAUCAUUCUACUCAAGAACGAAGGUCGAGUUGCAGACACCAAAGGGAGUAUAUCAAGUGGAACUCUUUUCAACUCCACAACUGUCUUAGAUCGAUGCACUGUAUCUGAACAGUCCGGUAAUUCUGAGGGUCAGAUUUACCUUGCCGCCGCAAAGGGUCCCGGUUCGGUCGUUGUGUUUCGUAGCUCCGGCCUCGAAAACUCGAUCGCCGGAUCUGGGGUACACAUUGAUGACACAACCCAGGACGAUAGAAACCUAUAUGCCGAAUAUAGCAAUACUGGUCCUGGUGCAUUCGCGAACAAUAUAGACAAACGUUCGGAGUUCGUGAGCUUGCUAUCAUCCUCAGACCUCGCUCCCUUCACAAUUUCUGCGGUUUUCGCCAAUGCGGAUCCGAAAGUGGCAAUAUCGGACAACUAUUGGAUUGACACUGCUGUUCUAUCGGCCAUAGAAAGCGCGGACGUGGGAAACGGGAGUGAUGAUGGCUCUUCAAGCACUGGUUCCUCCGAUUCCGCAGAUGGAUCCUCUGAGGAUGGAGCAGGGACGGCACUUCAGCCUCCGGAGACGGCACAGGCUCCUCAGGCUCUGAAGGUGGUUCGGGCUCAGGAGACGGGUCUUCCAGUUCUGCAGGCGGAUCAGGUUCGUCUGGAGAUGGAGGGGGGUCUGGCACUGGCGAUGGGUCUGGUGCUAGCGACGGAGAUGGACUCCGGUUCUGAUACUGGAUAUGAUUCUGGUUCUGGUGAUGGCGCUAGUUCUGGAGAUAGCGCUGGCUUUGGAGAUGGAACUGGGUCUGGAGAUGGCACUAGUACUGGUGAUGGUGCCGGGUCUGGAGAUGGUUCAAGUGCUGGUGAUGGAGAUAGCACUGGUACUGAAGAUGACGCUGACUCUGGAGAUGGCGCUAGCUCCGGAGAUGGCGCUGGCUCGGGAGAUAGCACUAGUGUUGGUGAUAGCGCCGGGUCUGGAGAUGGAACCGGGUCUGGAGAUGGCACUAGUACUGGUGAUGGUGCUGGUUCAGACGAUGGGAAUAGUGCUGGUGAUGCAGGGUCAGGGUUAGAGACAUCUGGAAAUGGGGGAGGAUCUGGCAAUGGAGGAUCGGGUGACGGCUCUGAUAUUGCUGGUAACUCUGGGUCCAGUACAUCGGGAGAGGGUGGUGCAUCUGAUGACGGCUCCGCUAGUGGAAGUAGCUCUGGCUCUUCCGGAAAUGGGGGAGGUUCUGGAGAUGGUUCUGGCUCUGACUCUGGCUCUGACUCCGGUGCAACUGAAAAUGAAGGAGGGUCCGGUGGCUCUGGAGAUGACACUGGCGAAGGUGUUGGUUCCACUGGAAAUGGAGGAGGAUCUGGGAAUGGAAGUGAUUCGGGGGACUCAUCCUCUCUUUCGGGUGAUGGGUCUGGGUCCGCCGACACUUCGUCCGGAGGCAGCUCGGGGGGUGGCACCGCGGGAGGGUUGUCUGGUGGCUCAGGAGAUGAUUCCUCAGGGAGUGGCUCUUCCGGGAGUACCUCUGGCGGAGAUGGUGCGGGGGAUGGGGGCAGUUCCGCAGGCAAUGGCUCCUCCGGCAGUGGGGAUGCCAAUGGAGGUGGAGGAGAUGGUGAUGGCUCUGGUGACAGUUCAGCAGCGACUUCAGCGAGUUCAGCCGCUACCUCAUCAGGGAGUGGCUCCUCUGCGGACAAUUCGGAUUCCUCUGGUUCUGGUUCUGAAGGUGAUGGAUCUUCUGGAGAUGGGGGCGGGAAUGGUAGCGGUGAUGGGUCAUCCAGCGGCGAGACUUCCUCUGGGGGUGGGGGCGGCGAUUCUACAAGCGGGAGUGGGGGUGGGAGUGAGUCUUCUGGUAAUGGUGAUGAUGGAGGUUCAUCUGACGAUGGUGAGAGUACAGGAGGCGCUUCCUUAGGAGAUGAGUCUGCUAGCAGCGGUGGAAAUGGAGAUGGAGGUGGGAAUGGAGGCGAAUCUUCAAUAGCAGAUAAUGGUGGGACAGGCAGCGAUUCCUCCAGUAAUAAUGGAGGUUCAUCUUCUGGCGGAGAAGGAGGUGGUAGUACCAGUGGCAGUGGGGAUGAGGGAAGCGGGGGUGGAGAUGGGAAUGGCUCCUCAGGUGAUGGAAGUGGCAGUGGAACCGGUGAAGCUGGGGGAGGCUCUUCUGGGGCCGAGACCGGUACUGAAAGUUCGUCUGGGGACAGUGAUGGCGGUGGAUCCUCUGGCGAUGGCACCAGCUCUGGAGAUGGAGGUGAAGGUGGAGGAAAUAGUGGAUCCUCUGGAGAUGAUUCCACUGGAACAGGAGGAAACGGAGAUGACACUGGCGCCGUAUCUUCAGGCAAUGACGAUGGUAGUGGAGAUGGAGAAAGUGAUAGCUCUUUGGGAGACGGGAAUGGCUCAUCUGAUGAUGGCGCCGCUGGCGAUGAUGCCAAUGCUGGCGGAAGCGAUGAUGGCCUUUCUGGGGAAGGUGGUACUAAUGGUGACGGCAAUGGAAGUGAUAAUAGUUCCUCAGGAACUGGAGACGGAUCCUCAGGAGGCGACACUGGCAACAACGGUGACAGUGGAGGAGGAAAUGGAUCCAAUGGAGAUGGCAAUGGCAAUGGAAGCGGAGGAGAUGGCACUUCUGUCGAUAACAAUGGAUCGUCGGGGGUUGGAAGCUCAUCCGGCUCUGGGACUGGAGGGAGUGGUGCUGCAACUUCUUCUGGAGCUGACAAUGGCUCUGGUUCUGCAGAUGGCUCGUCUGGUGGUGGUGGUGAUGGGAGCGCUAGUAGCUCUGGAACCGGUUCUGGAGAUGGAAAUGAAUCUGGAAAUGACAGUGGAUCUGGAAAUGGGAGUGGGUCAUCCAGCUCUGGCAGCGACUCCUCUGGUGGUGGUGACGCUGGGGAUAGCAACAGCAGUGGAGGAGAUGGCGGUGGAAGUGACAGCGGUGCUGAUGGCUCCACAGGACCUACAGGCGGUGGAAAUAGCAGCAGCUCCGGGGAUGGAAAUGGGACCGGUGAUAGUAGUGAUGGAAGCACCACUGGGUCAUCUACUGGUUCUGGAGAUGAGACUGAAGGUGAGGGCACUGGAAGUGAUUCUAACGAUGAUGCAACCUCCACCGGGACAUCCACCGGCUUUGGAAAUGGCAGUGGCACUGCAGAUGACAAUGGCAACAGUGAUAGCGAUGAUGGAAGCAAUACUGGGUCUAGCGAUGGCAGUGGAAGCAGCUCUGGAGAUGGGAAUGGAUCCUCUGGUGACGGGGGAGAUGGUGGCGCCUCUAUCUCGGGCAAUGGCUCUGGCUCUGGAGAUAGCUCAUCUGGUUCGAACACUGACACUGGAUCAUCUGGUGAUGGAGGAAGUGAAAGUGGAGAUGACAGCGGUAGCGGCGGCUCCGCGACGGGCAAUCCCCAACCGUCAACAACUUUGGUCGUCUCAACCUCACCCUCCUCCGGUCAGUUUAACAACGUCACUGCUGCUCUUUCUGCCCUACCGGAACAUGGGGACUAUACUAUCCUCAUCCAAGCGGGUGAUUAUGAGGAGCAAAUCUCUAUCACCCGAUCCGGGCAGACUACCCUGCGGGGAGAAUCCGAUUUCCUCAACGACUACACGCAAAACAAAGUCACCAUAAAAGUCUCAAGUACCUCAUCUAGUCCGGACACAGAUGGAGACUCGGCCGUCAUCAAAGUCAAAACAUCCGGCGCAAAGGGCGUUGUGGCUUUGUACAACAUUGACUUUUCCAAUACCGCCUCUCCAUUGGCCCUGAAAGAUGCCCUCGCCGCUGAUUUUCAUGGACAAGUAGCUGCUUAUGGUUGUUCAUUCAUCAGCCAUCAACAUACCCUUCUUGCCAAUGAAGGUACCCAAGUGUUGUCCAAUUGUUACGUCGAAGGCUCCGCCGACUUCAUCUGGGGUUUCUCGACCGCCUUUAUUCACCAGUCAUCCAUCGCCGUAAACGCACCUGGUGGCUCCAUUGUGGCACAAGGGAGAGCUUCAGACAGUGCAAAGGGAGGGUUUGUCAUGGAUACAUCUAGGGUGAUCGAGACGAGUUCUUCCAGCGAUAAUGCUCUUUCCUACGACAGAAACAACAUUGGAACAACCUACCUCGGGAGACCUUAUUCAGAGUACAGUCGCGUGGUCUACAUGAAUUCAUUCUUGGACAAACAUAUUAACCCUGGUGUAUGGACGGCUUGGUCACAGAGCCGCCAUCGGACCACUCAUGUCCUUUUUGGCGAGUACGGUAACUCUGGCCCGGGCAGUUCAGGUCACCGCGCACCGUUUGCGACCCAAUUGAGCAAGAAUGAGGCUGAGAAAUACAACUUGUCAAAUUGGAUCGCUGAUACAUCCUGGAUUGACAUGAAAGCCUAUACAUACGCUCCUUCGUAUGAUCUGCCGGGACUGGCAGUCUCUAGUACAAGUCCGGCUUCCCCCCAGAACGCUGGCUAUGAUGGAACCAAGCCACCCUCUGGUGCAUAUGUGGUCUCCCAGUCAAAGGUGCCCGGUAUGAAGACUUAUGCCAGUAUUCAAAGCGCAUUGGACAGUUUGACUGCUUUGCCUACUGGAACUUCCACGAUAUUCAUAUUCCCCGGACAAUCCCCAGGGCAGUAUUCCAAAAACCAAGUGACAAUACUCUAUCGGGACACGGCUUCUGGCGACGCCAACAGCAACACCGCCACUGCAUCUUUCAAAGAAGCAAAAGUGCGAGCGAUCAACAUCAACUUUUCCAACAUUAAUGGCAAAUCCGAGAAGAAAGCGUCACUCGUUCUGGCAGUUGCACCCUCUAGCCACGUUGGUGAUUUGAGCCUUACUGCCGACCGGCGAGGCACUCGGACUAAACGUGGAGGGUUUGUCUUCGACCAAUGCACCAUUUCCCCUGCGGACCAUUCGAAAUCCAUAUCUGGAAUAUUCCUUGGAAGACCUGAGAACUCAUAUGCGCGCGUAGCAUAUGUUCUUUCAUAUCUGAGCGCAAUUGUUGAGGAAGGAGGAUGGGAAAGGGGCUCGAUUGCCAGUCCUCGGACGGCUCAUGUGCUUUUUGGGGAAUACAAGAACAGUGGACCAGGGUCCGACACUUCUCAGCGUGUCAAUUUCGCGACACAAUUGGAUGAUUCUUCUGCUUCUGAGUUCGAAAUAGCCAAAUUCUUCUCAGGAAUCACUUGGAUUGAUUUCAAUCAUGUUUUUGGCACUCCUUUCGUUGCCGGUCAGUCUGGUAAUACACCGUCACCUCCAUCAUCGAUCCCUUAUCCCGAUCCCGAUCCCGAGACUAUAGAGACAAAGACCAGCACAAGAACUUCUGUUACGACUCAUUCAGAGACCUCUACAACUACGACUACUGCAGCCGACGAGACCUCGACAACUACAUCAACCAAAACCCCUCCUGUGACAGGCGCUGGUUCUCCCCAUAUUAUCACAACAAUACCAACCAUCUCAACGACCAUUCUCAUUACCGUUCCAAUAUACACCUCAACAAAGACGUUGACGAUCACGAUUGACACUGAACCUACAAAGGCCGCUGCCUCCGCUAUGCUAGCAGCUUCUCUCGAUAAACCAGUUGUGAAGACUAUGCAUGCAAAUUAUGUCACGAAAACAGUUAAAGCUACACGCUCAGUAACUCACACUAAGACCGCGUCAUCGUCCAUGAUGACAGCAAUUACCACCGUCACCGAUGCUCACACAGUUCGACCUCCUCUCUUAACAACCACUCUGACUAUUACAAUGAAUGUCAAUCCUGGGCGAACAACGACGCUGACAGGCAGGCCUGUGGUCAUUACCUCGACCAGCACAUUUUCGGUAACAUCCACGGCUCAGUCCACCACAACAUUGCGUUGUAUCAAAUCGAAGAAGGAAAAGCGCACUGGUUUUGGCCCCCUCGCAGCUCCCACGGUCACUACAACGGUCAUUGAGCCGUCGACAGUCACGAUGUUCGUGGCAAAUUCCACCGUUACAGUUGAGGGCUCCACUUCAUAUUUAACUGCAGUGGUGACCAAAACACAACCAGGCCAUGGAUCCGCCGCAUCAGCCGCGACCGCGACGGCAACCAUCACUGUAACGAAGACCUUCACUAAGACUGUAUCUUCGGGAGUUUCAUUCAUGACGAUAACCAGGACUAUGUCGACACCAAAGACCGAAACUGGCACAGUGAAAACAAAAACUUCCACGACUACAAUGGCUGGAUCCACUAAAACCGUCACCAACAUCAAGACUGUCACUUUGAAUAGCACAACCAAGCUCUCCCCUUCAACGACUACUAUAACAAAGACAUUGAAAGCGAAGUCAACGGUGAUUCUUCCACGACUUACGUCAACGACCAUUGAGACCAGUACCCACGACGACGCAGCUUUCGUGACGGUGACUGCUCGUCCCACGUCUACGAAAACGGAAACGGUCAAGACUAUCACAACCACCAUCGAGACUGUGACAAAAACACCCAAAGGGGCUUCCACUUGUGGCUCUUCCUGA